AUGUCCCGCUGUGGCUGCGGAUUUUAUGGUUCACAAGAUGCCGACGGUUUGUGCUCGCAGUGUUUUAAGGACUCUUUACAGCGGGAGAAGCAAAAUGGUCGCCUUGCUCCUGGUUCAAGCAGAUCCCGACGUCAAGAGGAUCAGUCGGCGGAAGGCUUCGCUGGCAAUAAACGAGAUAUCAACCAAAAACGAAAUGGUAGUACUAGGUCGGAACUGCGUGAAAAUCAGGCAAGCGCCAUUGUAUUUGAACCAGGUCUGAAAGUAGACGAUCAUAAUGUAAACCAUUCUCUUUUACGGCUAUCCUCAGAGGGAGAAACUGAACCCAGCCGAAAGACCGAAAAAUUCUCCUUGAAGAGCAAGUCGAGUCGAUGCGAGACAUGCGAAAAACGACUGGGUCUUACGGGAUUUGAAUGCCGUUGUGGGAGCAUGUUUUGCGCUGUGCAUCGAUAUUCUGACAUGCACGAGUGCACGUUUGAUUACAAAGCGCUUGGCGCUGAAGAAAUUCGCAGGAACAACCCCGUGAUUCAGAAUGAAAAGAUUCAGAAGCUGUGA